AUGAUCGUAAAUAAUACACAUAUACUUACCCUACCACCACAUGCCGUAUCCACCCUCACUUGUAUACUGAUAUGGCAUAGGCACACGGAUGCUACAGUAUAUAUCAUCUCAAGUUACCCUACUCUCACAUUCCACUCCAUGGCCCAUCUCUCACUUCAUCAGUACUAA